GCACCAGGCCUGGUGGAGUUCUGGUUCCGGUACUACAGCGAGCAUCUGGGUGUCGAUGUGAUAUAUGUCUACGACCUCGAUGGGUCUUUCGAGCACCUCCCUCUCGUAGAAGAACUUCGUGCGCAGGGGCGUCUUGCUUACGAGAACUCCUUCGCGGACAUUCCGCCGCUGAAGGAUGUCUUCAACUUGGAAGGCUACAAAACCUCCACGACGCACAUGGUACAAGCCCUUGUGCAGCACCACUGUUGGCAGCAAGCCAGGGAGACUGCUGAUUGGGUUAUCUCGCUUAACCAUGGUUGGGACAUGUUCCUCUUCUCCCCGGCGGGUCGAACUCUGAAGGAUCUGCUGGAGGAGCUGCCGCCAGAUCAGGUCACCAACAUCUUGGGCGUCCGAUAUGGUGACCCCAACGAUGCCAAACCUGCAGAGGCGCGAGGAAUUCUCGAAGUUUGGGUGCCCUCACCGUUUGUGCGCUUCCCAUACCACAACGAUCCGGUGGUGCGCCCGGAGAAGCACGGCAGUACCAAAGAAUUUGUGAUCAUUGCGAAGCCGUCGCUGAUUGAUGAUGUCGCGCUGAGCACCCUAAUUGUUCGUCAUGAAGCCCCGCUGCAUUCAAACUUGCUGAAGAGCCCAUUCCCCUGUCCAAGCGGGCAGUUCCGUGAGUUUGCUGGGCCCAUGAUGCAAGAGAGUCACUGGAUGGACCCGGCAAGAUGGCGGGCAAAUCACUAUGUUCAAGCUCUGGGUGGACGCAGAACGCUGUAUGACGGGGAGGAGUCGUUUCCUGUGCUCCGCAACUUCUCGAUGUUCGAUGAUGCUGCAGUUGAGCUGGGCUACCAGCUUGAGCGAUCCUGGGCAGGGUAG